AUGGCAACGACCCACGAGACAGAAAUGACAUACCGUUGCCAUCAGUGCAAUAAAACAUUCAGCUCUCUAUACGAUCUCGGAGUACAUCAAUACAGCCACUCGUUGUACCCAAACCAGGGCUCCCGAACCGGACAAAGAUAUUUUCGAUGUCAAAAGUGUCUGAAUAAGUACACAACACCGGCAGCAUUGGAGCACCAUUUGGCCACUUCGACACAUCACUAUCCGUGUCAGAACUGCAGUAAAGUGUUUCCCUGUGAGCGCUAUUUAAGGCGCCAUUUACUCACUCACGGAUCAGGUCUUCAUAUUUGUCAAUACUGUGAAAAGACGUUCAAAACAGCUAAUUAUUUAAAAGUGCAUUUAGUCAUACACACCGGAGAAAAGCCUUUUGCGUGCAAUCUAUGUGACGCUGCGUUCAAUCGAAGGGAUAAACUAAAGCGGCAUAAACUGGUUCACGACCCCAUCAAACGAUUCAAGUGUCCCUUUAAAGCACAUACCGGUUGUCCCAAAGAAUUCAAUAGACCCGACAAACUGAAGGCACAUAUUCUAACCCACAGUGGAAUCAAACCGCAUCAGUGUAAUGUAUGUCUUCGUUCGUUCUCACGUCGAGCCCAUCUGCGAGAGCACCAAAAAGGACACGAGAGCACUCAAAGCGUUGAGAUCACGGCCACUACGACCACCACAACCGUCGUUCCCAAUACUAUUCUCAAUAAGACUGAUUUCAUAACACUCUUUGAUUGUCAAAACUGUGGAAAUUUGUUCGCUUCAGAGCACGACCUGAAGAAGCACUCGUGUAUCGGAACCACUAAUACAAGCGUUGCCCUCAAGUCUAAGAAGAGUUGCAAAACAAACAUAAGACUCGCGAAGAAGACGAGCGCAAUGUGUAGCACGACAUCGACCGCGAGUACAGUCACCACAAGCGGUAUUGUGUCACCAAAAGCGAGAACAAAGCCGUCUAACGUGAACGCGACGCUCACCACCGCUGUGUUGGGCGACUCAUCAGAACAGAUGACACCCAAAGAUUCGUCAAACAGUGAAUUCACGUUUCAAUUUCACGACCAAAUGCUGGACGACGGCAUUCCCACCGCUCACAUCGAGAUCAUUACAGCGCCCGUUGAUAUCGGCGGCUCUUUCCCGCCCAUUGUCACCAUCGAUGGCAUACAAUACCCAACGAUUCCAAUACUGUCCAACUCUAUGGGCAGUGACUGUGAAGACAAUGAGAACACCAAUAGUAAAGAUGGGAUGUCGACCAAAAUCAUAGCUAAGACUAGAGAUAUCUUCAAACAGAUUCGACAACAGCUUCCGGUCUAUAAGUAUGGGUCCGUCUUCUCGCACAUAGAAUGUGGUCUUUUGAUUGAUCCGUGGAAUGUAUGGCUCGCGAGUGGGCAACACCUCAUCCAUACCCAAGUGAUAGAUGGGUAA